GAUGCGCAACUUCCGUCUAUUCGUCCUCUUUCAACUCUGUGCGUGGUGUGAGACGGGAAGCCAAGAUGAGCAAAGUCUCAAGAGAAACGUUAUAUGAGGCUGUCCGCGAGGUCAUGUCAGGCUCUCUGACAAAGCCCAAAAAGUUUUUGGAAACCGUGGAACUUCAAAUUAGCUUGAAGAACUACGAUCCCCAGAAGGACAAGCGUUUCUCUGGCACAGUCAGGCUGAAGACCACACCACGCCCCAAGUUCUCCGUGUGUGUCCUCGGUGACCAGCAGCAUUGCGAUGAGGCCAAGGCCGCAGAGAUGCCUCACAUGGACGUUGAGGCCCUCAAGAAGCUCAACAAGAACAAGAAGAUGGUGAAGAAGCUUGCCAAGAAGUACGAUGCUUUCCUGGCUUCUGAGUCGCUGAUUAAACAGAUCCCACGUAUUCUUGGACCCGGGCUGAACAAGGCCGGCAAGUUCCCCUCUCUGCUCACCCACAACGAGAACCUCAACACCAAGGUCGAUGAGGUCAAGUCCACCAUCAAGUUCCAGAUGAAGAAGGUGCUGUGUCUUGCCGUGGCUGUGGGCCAUGUGAAGAUGACCGAGGAAGAGCUGGUCUACAACAUCCACCUGUCCGUCAACUUCCUGGUGUCCCUGCUGAAGAAGAACUGGCAGAACGUGAGGGCGCUCUACAUCAAGAGCACCAUGGGAAAGCCCCAGCGUCUCUACUAGAGCACUGUGGCUCCCGCUGCUUUUCUACAAAUAAAAAACAAAAACGUGGAAGAAUCCAA